UUGAAGUAAAACGAGGAGAGAGAGAUCAUCAACAAUAUUAGAUCGAAACUACUGACUAAUAAACAUAAAGAUAGAAAGACAGACGAACCUAGACGAGAAAACACGAACGGGAGUUUAGCAGCACAGCUGCUGUGGAUCGGAGUCAUGAACGAGCGCUCGAUCGCGCGCUGGCUGACACACAUCGGUCUGCCGCAGUACACGCGCGCGCUGGAGAAACACACCUACGGCCUCGAGGGUCUGCUGUUAGUAACAGAGGAUGAUCUUAGGCUGAUGGGAGUUGAAGAUCCCGGUCACAGAACGAUCAUCACAGGUCAUCUCCAGCAGCAGAGGACACAGGCUGAGAGAGGUGAGCACACACAGAUGAUGAUGGUCUGUCUUCAGCUCUUCAUGUCUGAUCUCACUCUCUCUGUCUCCUCAGAGAACAGCUCUGCAGUGAUGACUGGCACUAUGAGCCGUAAGGGCUCUCUGGCCUCGUCUCCUGACAUGGUCAAACCCAGCACAGACCUCUUCCGUCACAGCAUUGUGCCACGGCUGCGUCGCCGUGACAACCAGAGAGUCUCCGCCUCCUGCCUCGAGCUCCCAUCCCACUGUGACGAAGACCACGCCCCCUCCUCCAAACUCAAACACAGCAGGAGGAAGAGUGUGACGGCCUUCUUCAGUCAGGUGUUCUCAGGCCUGAGGGACAUGGACUCUCUGAAGAAGGAGCUGGAGGAGGAACUCAAACUCAGCACUGAUGAUCUGAGGAGUCACGCCUGGUAUCAUGGACCGCUGCGGCGCGAGGGAGCGGAGCAGUUGUUCAGUAGAGACGGGGAGUUCCUGGUGCGUGACUCCAGCUCCAGCGCGGGAGAAUACGUCCUGAGCUGCAUGUGGAAAAAUCAGCCCAUGCACUUCAAAAUCAUCCGUGUGGUGCUGCGACCCAAACAGGGCUACACCCGGGAGCUGUUUCAGUUUGAGAACGAUCAGUUCGAUAAUAUUCCAGCGUUAAUUCGCUUUCACGUCGGCGGACGGCGUCCCAUCUCACAUUCCACCGGAGCUGUCAUCUUCCAACCAAUCACGCGCACUGUGCCUCUACGCAUCAUCAGCGAGCGCCAGGCUGUGAGGUCAUCGAGCUCCUCCCUCCUGACACAAGGUCAGAGCAAGAGGCGGAGCCUGAGCUCCUCUCAGAGAGACACACUGCAAAUCAACAGCAACAACCUGCUCAGGAGCGGCAGUCAGCCUGCUAAUCUGGAGACAGUUGGGAGACCAUCACUACAGUCCGCUCAAUCUGACAGCAACCUCCGCACAGGGGUCCAACAGAGCUGUCCAUCACAGGAGUCCAGCCCCACCCCCGUCUCCCCGGUGUUCCGCACAGGAAGUGAGCCUGUCCUAAGCCCAGCCACUUCCUGUGCGGCUCCACCCAGCCAGUCAAGUCUCGGCGGCUGUCCUCUGCGUGGUUCUGAUGGACAGCUGCAUUCACGAGCACCUCCCAAACCGCUGCGGAUCUCCAUCGUCUUCACCCCGACUCAGUCUGAUUCUGAGUCUGACUCCACCGGUCUCUAUGGUGAGCUGGUGCCACAGGUCCCCAUCACCAUGUUACCCAAAGGUCAUGCGGCGCGUCUCCGUGCUCAGGAGCGAUGGACCAGUCGCGCGCGCAUCACUGAGACCAGCUUUGGCUUCCUGGAGGCAGAGAAGCUAGAGGAGGAGCGCAGGGUGAGCGAGAUCAUCCAGGAGGAGGAGCGUGAUUGGCAUUUCGAGCGGCCGCAGACUGAGACCACAUCAUGUUUCCAUCUGGAUGAGUUCCGCUCGCUCAUGCUGCCUGACAACAACCGUCCGCUGGAUCAGAGCGUCCUGCUGAAGGUCAAAGAGCUGCUGACGUGCACCGACGCCAGGACCACCGCGCUGCACAUGCUCAGCGUCAACUGCCAGGUGGCUCGAGUCACAGGGGUGACGGUGGAGCAGAAGAGGAUCAUGGGAGUGGAGACGGGUCUGGAGCUGAUCACGCUUCCACACGGAGGCCAGCUCAGACAGGACCUGCUGGAGAGGCAUCACACUCUGGCUCUGGGUGUGGCGGUGGAUCUUCUGGGCUGUACUGGGACAGUGGGUCAGCGGGCGACAGUGCUGCACAGGAUCAUCCAGCUUGCACAGGAGCUGCGCAACACCACACACGACCUGUACGCCUUCUCUGCCGUCAUGAAAGCACUGGAGCUGCCGCAGGUGGUGAGGUUGGAGAUGACAUGGAGAGCGCUGAGACGCAAUCACACCGACAGCGCUGUGAUGUUCGAGAAGAGUCUCAAACCCUUCAUGAAGUCCCUGAAUGAGGGCGAGGGUGAGGGUGAUGAUAUCGUGGUGUCGGGGCCGCUGUCUCUGCCGCACAUGGUGCCGCUGUUGAGGCUGAUGGAGGGCGAGGACAGCGUGGAGUCCACAGACAGAGGCUGCCAGCUGCUCUACAACCUGCUGCAGUCGGCACGGAACGCGGCGCUACACGCUAACGACUGCACACAACACGCUCUCGGCCUGCUCUCCGCCGGAUGGGAACCAAUCCCUGAGCUGCUGGAGAUGUUUCAGACAGAGUUCGCCCUUCGGCUCUUCUGGGGACAAAUGGGCGCCAAGGCCGACCGCAAGGAGCGCUACGCCAAAUUCGACAGGAUCCUCACGGUCCUCUCCAACAAACUGGAACCAGACGGGAGCUCUUGAGGUUUGACCUCUUCAGCGUCCUCUGCUGGUGGCUGAUGAUAUGGCCUUCUGACCCCACAUCUGAGUUUAAUAUUCCUGUCAUUUAUUGUGUACUCAGAUUACAGUAACUAUCCAAAAAGACCAGAAAGACUCUCCAGGCUACAGCACAAUGAAAUUAUAAAGGACUUUGCAGGACACAAUGCUGCUGUAAAGAUGAAGUGUGUCGAUCCUCUGACACUAGUGGCCCAACCGUGUUUUAUGAAAUUGUUGUUGACACUUCAGUGACACACUUCACCUUCGGUUUGUUUACAGUGAUGAUGAUGAUGAUGAUGACAUUUUAAAGCUGUGAUUAUCACACUUGAGUAAUAUGCCAAAUCUUUUUGGA